GUGGAAGAAGUCUAAGUGAAGCCUAAAUCUGCCUGUCCCCUAACUGAAACCUGGCUGUCCCUUGGUUGCUAGGCAACCAAGUGGGCAGAGAUUAGCCCUCUAAACUGGCAGCAAUUGGAUAAAAAAAAUUAUUGCUCUCCCUCUAAUUAGGACUUUAUUUUUCUUUUCUUUUUGUUGUAUCAACCUUGAGGCAUGGAUGAUGGGUUGUGUUGUCAAAUUUUGAAGUUGGGGGGCCUGUACUUUUGUUGUUUUGUGAAUUGCCGUGAUGCCAUCACUCUUUUAUAUAUAUAGAUUGGGGGGGGGGGGGAGGAAUCACCAAAGAGUACUUCAAAUGCAAGAAAUAAACACAGACAAUAUAUUUUAUCCAACAAACCAACAAUACAGAGGCAAUUUUGGAAUUCUUUAGCGUCCUCAUCAGCCGUGACACUUUAUUUGGUAACUACUCACAGAAUCCUCCUAUGAUUUGCAUUGCUUUCCAUAGUAUAGUAUAUCUAUUUAAAAAUCUACAAAUAGUAGAGUUUCCUCUGCUGGAUCCAAGACAGAAGCCCGGAAAACCGCACAGAGAUACUUCCUCUAAGACCUUUUCUUUUUCUGAAAAAUAGCAAGAAUGGUUAGCAAUUCGACUUCUCCACUUGAUAUCCUUAUCUGGAUCAUUGUGGGAAUAGUUACCAUGUUUUCCUUCUUAGGAAAUGGAUUCAUCACAAUAGUACAGGGACACCAAUGGCUUCAAAAUAGAAAGAUUUUGCCAUGUGAUUUUCUUUUGACCAGUCUGAGCACCUCCAGAUUUUUGAUGCAGUUACUGUCUUCAGUGAACUAUUUUCUGUAUUUCAUCUCUUUAGAGUCCUAUAUGAAUCCCAUCAAACAGGCAAUUGUAUAUGUUAUCUGGUUGUUUUUUAACAUGGUCAGCCUCUGGUCUGCCACGUGGCUAAGUGUUUUCUACUGUGUGAAGAUCACUAACUUUGCCAAUUGCCUCUUCCUUUGGCUGAAGCCAAGGAUCAACGCACUUGUACUCAGGCUGCUUGGAAUAUCAAUAGUCAUCUCCAGCAUCUCCUCGCUCCCGUCCAUCAUCGAAUAUAUUGGGCAAAAAAAGGGGGGCAAUUUGACGGGAAGUGCCAACCACAGUGAGGCUUAUAACCACAGAAAUAUGCUUCCUCUGCAUGUCACUUUUGCUUUCAUAAAUUUCACCAUUAACAUAACUGCAACCAUUGUUUUGCUCACCUCACUAUGGAAGCACACAAGGAAUCUGAAGAAGAGUGGUGUUGGUGGCAAAGACUUUAACACUAAGGUCCAUUUCAAUAUCAUAAUACCAUUGCUGUUUUAUGUCGUCUUCUACUUUGUUCAUAUCUCCAGUCAGAUAAUUGUUUCAAAUGAAAUUACCAUAGUUGGAUCAGUGAAACAACGAAUUACUGAUAUCAUGGUGUCUACAUUCCCAACUGUGCACUCUAUUAUAUUAAUAUUGACUCAUCCUAAACUGAGAGAAACGGUUGUUCGCAUUCUGAAUAUCAAACGAAGAAUUUGAAAAAGAGAGAAAAUGACAACAUAUAAUGCACUCCUUUUGUUGACGUAGUGGACAGCCACUGCUAUCCUUCGUGUGUAUGUGUUCUUAGGGAGACCAAUAUCUAUGGAGGAAUGGGAAGGAUGUUGGAAUAGGAAACAGAAAUUUACAUAUGCAUAUGACCUUAAAGAGAAUUGGAUGAAAAAUGCUUUAUAGAUGGCAUAUAACACCGAAGAAAUUGGGAAUAAUAAAUAAAAGUAUGAAUACAAAAUGAGGACUUGCUGCGCAUGCAUCAGCUAGAAUAGAUGCUCCACAAACCUUCUCCUCAGAACCUUAAAUUUAUAGCCCAAUUAAAGGCAAAAAGAACAAAGUGAAAGCCAUCUACUUAAUUGGGCAAUAAAGGUCAGCCAAGGGAGACUCCGAGACCCUGGAGGAGGAUUGAUUUAUAACUCCAGAAGAGAAACAGAGAUCUUCUUCUACGACCUACUGCCGGAGGGUAAGAUGGCACGCAGUCUAAAAGAAUUGGGACAAUUAACACAAGAUAUGGAGAAAAAUAUCAGAUUUGACAGACAAAUUCAUAACCAGCUUGAAGUGGUGAAGGAGGAGAUAUAUUUGGUAAAAAAACAACAACUGCACAGUCAGCGCAGAAAAAGCAGAUCAAAAUCAACCGAGGAUUAAUCAGCUAGAGAAACAACUCACUUAGCUGAAUGGCAGAUAUCGCUGGAGAAACUUGAAGCUGUCUGGAAUUUCUGAGGAGGUCCAAGCGACAUCAAAAGAGCUGGAGAAACAUUUGGUCAGCUGGCUAAUUGAAAAUAAAAUAAACAUUAAAUUGGAAAAUAUUGAACAAGCCAUAGAAUUUACAGACCUAUGGGCAACUACAGUCACCCGAGAGAUGUGAUAAUUGUCUCUGAAAAAAUUAAAGACUAUGUAUACAAGGAACUUAGGAAAAUUAAAGAUUUGCAAUUUAGAGGCAGCAAGAUUUUUGUUAAUCAGGACUUUUCAUCAGGAACACUUCAACAGAGAAAAGAGAUGAACCCAUUGACUAAAAAAUUGUUUGAGAAGCUACCAUUAUCAUCUUUCGGGAUGGAAAGAGAUUUAUGGCAAGGAAU